GGUGGCGCAGACUACAAUGGACCAGGCCAGGGAGCAGAUCGGACACGACGAGGAGGAAUCCAGGGAGCAGAACGAGGAUAUUCCGGAAGGUCAGUUGGAGGAGAAAGCUGAUGAUGUGAGGGGGGAAGACCAAGGCGAGAAAAAGGAAGACUCUUUGGAAGAUUCGGGGAGUCCAGAACUACUCUCUGAAACUUCAAAAUCCGACGAAUCUAUACAGGAGAAUCUUCCGGAAGAGAAGCUAGAUGAAAACCCCGAAGAUGGGCCGGAAAAUGUAAGUCAAGAAAAGCAGGAAGAGGAUUUAAAGACAGAAGAACCUAAAGAAGACAACGAAAAGCUUCAUGUAACUGAAAAUCUUGAAGAAUUGUCAAACCAAGAAGAGUCCCUAGAGGAUAUUGAAGAAUUGCCAGCGAAUGUGAGUCAAGAGAAGCAGCCAGACGAUUUGAAAACAGAAGAAACUGAAGAAGACAAUGCUAAACAUGAAGUUAGGAACCAUCCUGAAGGAUUGGCAGAACAAGAAGAAUCUGGAGAGUCUAUAGAAGAGACUACAAAAGAAUCUUUAGAAGAAAACUCUGAAGAAACUAAAGAACUUUUAGAAGAGAGUCCAACCAGCCAGGACUCCAAAAAGACCGAAAAAGAAUUAACAGAAUCUUUAAAAAUCGAAGAGUCCCAAGGGGAAAACCAGAAGAAAGUAGACACAGCAGAGACUACAAAAGAUUUGCCUGAAAGCCUUGAAGAAGAAUCUACAGAAACUGCAGAAGUAAUACCAAAAAAUGAAAAAAAGGAUGAGAAUCGAGAAGAAUCACCAAUGGAACUAGAAUUAGAGGAGAACCUAGAGAACAUAUCACCAGAAAUCAUUGAAGAAUCUUCAAAAGAUCUAAAAUUAGAAGAGGGAUUGGAAAAAAUUACUAGAAAUAAGGAGAAGAGUCUGGAGAACGUAGGGGGAUCUGAAAUUCAAACAGCAACCACAGAAGAAUCACCAAAGGAUCAAGAAUUAGAGAAGAAUCUGGAGAAGCCUUCAUCAGAAAUUGAAACAGAAGUCCAAGAAGAAUCCUUUCAGAAGCUAGACCAAGAGAAGAAUCUGAAGAACAAGCUGGAGAACCGCGAAACUCCAGGAAACACCCAAACCGAGCCAGCUAAGAAACGAGCCCCACUGGAGGAAGAUCUUCCCAACGAGCAGGUGACUCUGUUUCUCCGCCAAUUGGUGAACCAACUAUGGCCCGAACUGGGAGCCAACCCGGAACUUCGCUUGGAGAGGGCCAGUGCCAAGGGAGACAACUACUUGGGCGUGGUCUGGCGGCUGCAGGUGGCCACCGGAAGACGGAGCCUGGUGGUGAAGCUGCCGCCGCAGAAUCGUGUGCGCCGCAAGCAAUUCUUCGCGCGUCCCUGCUUCCUCCGGGAAACGGCAGCCUACGAGGAGUUCCUCCCGCUGGCGGAGCACUUCCAGGAGAAGUGGAGGGUGCCGUGCGAGGAUCGUUUCCGGCAGCACGCCCACUGCUUUGGCACACGCCCGGACGAGCCCAACGAGUGCAUCGUCCUGGAGGACCUCUCCGCCACGGGCUUUCUGCUGCAUAACCGCUUUCUCGACCUGUCCCUGGAGCAGGUGCGUCUCGUCAUUCGGUCCUACGCCAAACUGCAUGCCAUCUCGUUGGCGGCCAAGAAACAGUGGCCGGAACGGAUGAAGCCGCUCCAGGAGCUGGUGGACAUCUUCGAGCAGCGGCGGGAUGACCACGCCCUGGGCGUCUACUUUGAGAAUCUCAAGGGCAGUGCCCUCUCCGCUCUGAUCUCUCCGGAGGACGAUGAAAUCUACAGAUCCCGCUUGGUGGCCUACUUCUCCAGAGGAUCCUACUUCGACCUGCUGCUGCCAUUGGUCAGUGGCUCCAACUGUGAACCCUUUGCUGUCAUCUGUCAUGGCGACUGCUGGAACAACAACAUCCUGUACAAGGUAGUGGCCAGUGGACGGGUGGAGGAUGUCCGCCUCAUCGACUGGCAGCUCAUGCGCUACGCUUCUCCCGUCACGGACCUGGCCUACUUCAUCUUCACCUGCACUUCCAGGCGCUUCCGACAAGAGCAUCUCCCGAACAUCCUGGAGGACUACUACUUGGAGUUGGGUCUUCAUCUGGAAAGAUUGGACGAGAAAGUGGAUGAGCUAAUGCCCCGCUGGGCUUUCGAGGAGCAAGUCCAAAGCAAGGCGGCUGUGGGUCUCCUUCUGGCCAUGAUGGUGCUGCCCAUAGUCACGAUGCAGGGCCAGGAUGUGCCCGACCUGCAGGCCAUCAGCGAGCGGAUAGAGGCAGGCGCCACAACCGAUCUCCAUGGUGCUGGGUUCUUGGGAGCGGGAAACGAAACGACUUUCCGGCAGAGGAUGCGAGAGGUGAUCUUGGACUGUGUGGACUUUAAUUAUAUUUAAAAGGGAGCUAUGUGGAGGACCAGUAAGAGGAGCUUUAUAGGAGGAGGUUUGGGAGAAGGCUGUGAGGGAGAAGACCCUAGAGAUGAAGGACUACAACCUGUCGAAGAUCUUAGAGAACCGCUAGAAGUACCACCCCUUCUCACCUUGCGCUGCAACUGCUGGGGAUUCAGUCUCAACUUCUUG